AUCGCGCCCCCCCCACCCCCUGUACACCAGGGUCAGGUGUCACGGUGCACACAUUGUGAGUGUCUUUCGCGUGCUGCGUUCAAUUCCACCACUUUGGAGCGAGCGAUAAGGAGUCAUGGAUCGGUCAUACGAGUGGGGCUUCUCGGUCAAGCAAAUGGGCCUGGAGGAAGACUUUUUCAUCGACUACGGAGAAGAGGAAAUAGUCGAUUACCAAGACUCCGGUCAACUUGUGGCCGCUUUGAAACAAAAGGAGGAAGAGGUUAUUUUGGCUGCCCAGCUGGGGAACGCGUUGCUGCUGGAAAACCGUCAACUCCAAGAGCAGAGCGGCAAACUCCAUGAGAAGUACGCAGAUAAGCUGGAGGAGCUGGAACAGAGCAAUCAUGAGCUACGCUUGAAGCUGGAAAGCUGCCAGUCGCAGUGGGAGAGUCAGGUGGGCGACCUGGAGAGGGAUGCGAGGGAGUUGAGUGCUCAAGUGCAGCAGCUCACUCAGGCCCUGUGCCAGGCUGAGAGGGACAAGACACGAGCUCAGAUGGAAUACAGCGAGAACACGCAGCAACUGAAGGAGAAGCUCAACGCUGCAAUGGAAGUGGAGAGGGUCAUGGCUCGUGAGCUGCAGACGCUAAAACAAGACCUGAAAAAAACUACAAACCAUAACAGGCCUCAGGAUGAGGAGGUGAUCAGCGCCAUGAGAGAGCAGGUGCUGCGCCUCACACAAAGGGAACAAGCUCUGGAGGAGCGUUUGGGGAACGUUUGUCAGGAGAAUGCUGAGUUGAGAGCUAACUUAGCCAGUUUGAGCACACGUCUGGCUGCGCACGACCAGCUCAACCAGCAGCACGACCACCAGCUCGCUGAAGCGUUACAGGAGCUGGAGGUGGCGCAGGGUCGCUCACAGCAGCUUCAAGCACAGGUGGAGGAGCUGGAAGAACAGGUCUCCCUACAAGAAUCCAAAAGCCUCAGAGAUGCAUCCCUACUUUCCGAGCUGGACAUGGCUGACUUAGGAGUCAGUAAAGAAGAGCUAACAGAGGAAAUGGGGUUGAUCCUUCAGUUACUGCUGCCACUGGCCCAGAAGAGUGUAACGUGUUAUGAAGAUACAGAUCAAGAGGAGAACCUAAAGGACAUUCUGUACCAGCUGAAGACCGUGGCCCAAACUCUGGCGCAGGCCUCCGGCACACAGAAUUUGCAACAGCAGCAGGAGAAUGCUGCAAUGAGGCAGAAGCUCCACAGCGUCAAGGAGCAGGCUGAAGUCGCCCAACAGGCCAUCAGAGACCGAGAUGAAGCCAUUGCCAAGAAAAACCUGAUGGAGGCCGAGUUGGUCCGGAGUAAAGUCGAAAUGAUGUCUCUGAACAAUCAAUUAUUAGACGCGAUUCAACGUAAACUGGAGCUUUCACAGGAACUGGAGGCCUGGCAGGACGACAUCCAGAUCGUUAUCAACCAACAGCUGAGGUCGCAGCAGCAGUCGGAGCAGCCUCAAAAGAUCACCUCGCAAGGAAUAUCAUUCUUCCGCAAGUCCAUCAGGACCGCUUUCCCUUGGAGUGGAGACCCCAAUCAGGACAAGGUCCAGUCCCCGUGGCGAGACUGGUUAAGACGAGGCAAAGGGGCAUCGUAUAGCCAAUAACAAAUUGUGGGGCUUCCCGCUACCUCCUGGCUGCUCGUCAGAACCAGUAGAAAAUGAUGGAGGGAUGAUGGAUGUUUGGUGAAAAGCAGCCAUAAAGACGCUUGUGUUCGAAUGAACAACAGAGCCACUUUAAAGUAAAUCAUCCUAUACUGUGACCAACCCUGGAGCAAGUUUUCAUGUUCUCCUUGGGGUUUAUGCUUAAGAUUGUAAAUAUUGUUCAUUGUUUUUGAAAUAUCUAUGAUUUUGUAAAUGUCUUUGUGUUGAGACUUUGUAUGGUUUAUGUCACAGAGGCAGCUGAGGUUUUGCUGUUAUGUAUUUAAAAAAAAAGGAGGGCCAGGGAAAAAGGACUGAGCAAUGCAUUUGUACGGUAAUUAUUUUUUUACUUACAAAAGUUAGAUGUGGAAGUUACAUCCUCUUAUUUUGCCAAAAGAGGCAAAUGUGAGAAAUUCUCAAAGAAUUCCAGAGUAUAAUAAGAAAGCUCUUACUUUUGCACCAUUUUUAUUUGGGUUUUUGUAAAGAUAUGUAAUGCAUUCGCCAUGUCAAUAUUUUUGUUUACCAAUAACCAUUCCAUGUUCCAUCACGGCAUUGUUUACUUGAAAAUGUGACUACAUUUCGAAUGUAUCUAAUUUUCAUAAUACAGUACGUGUAAUAAACCUCUUGGUGUAUUGGGUCAUAAUGA